CUUCGUUAAAACCUCAACUAAAUGGGGAGAAGUUUUAUUUAGACAUAAAGAUAAGAAAAUAUUGGGACCUUAACUAACAAAUUAGAUUUAUUAGGUCUGAUUAUUCCCAAUUCCCAGAGUAUAGUUGGAGAAAAGUUAAGAAUGGUGUAGUAGAUAUUUCAUCAUUCAGUCACCGGCGAAUUUGUUUGUUUUCCGAUGGAUGAAGAAAGAGCAAUUUCUUUUUAUUCUCCGAUGAAGAGCAAAAUAUAUGUUCGUUUUCCGAUAAACGGAGGAGGAGAAGAAAUUGUCGUAUCUCCGCGGAGCCGAGAUGAUAUGACAGUAUUUGAGAUUUGGGGAUGUAUUAGUUGUGUAUAUAAUGGUCGAUUAAUCCCGGAGUUGUUGUGGUGGGUUUUUAGUAGCUUUCCGCCCUAUAGUUUGAGUAUUGCGUUCAAUUAUUUCAUGCCUAUUCCCAUUCAUAUGGUAGUAAUCUUCUGUGUGGCCAACCUUUUCUACAUUACACUUCAAGCCAUUGUCCUGCUCUACCCUUUGUUGAACAAUUAUUGGUAUCCCUACAAAACUCAAUUCCGAUCAAUGGGUCCCAAAGGGAAAUUUAUGAUCGACUUCAUUCCCGCUCUAACUGCUGCAGCUUUGAGUUUCAAUUUGUUGAAUGAUGCGGACGAUAAGGGGUUAUGGCACUUUCUAGAGUUUAAUUAUGGAUAUAUCUUUCUGCUGUUUGGCUGCACGGGAUAUUUCUACCUUAUUUCUCACUUUAUGCGUAGAGCGUAUGAUAUUAGUGGAAAAGAUGUUAUGUUGGGAUUAGCAAUGCAGGUCUUUUGCUUUAUGGUGAAGGGGAAAUUGUUUGUUAGAGUCAUCGCUUUGUGCUUCUGCUUUGGUAUAAGUAUCUAUAGAUACAUGACAUAUUCCGCUCCUCCUGCAUUACCUCCUCGUCCCAAGAUGGAGUCGUCUGAUAUGCUGUCUUACUGAUACCUCCUCGUCCCAAGAUGGAGUCGUCUUACUGAUCUGAAGGGUUUUAGCGGAAGCCUUUCAUAAAACUUCCUUUUUUUUCUGUUGUUAUUUUGGACAUACUCUAAUUCAUUAGAAUGCCUUUAAUUUUCAGUAAUGUUCUCUCUUUACUUUGUUUGCAAUAUAAUCUGUCUUGUUCUAGUCAUGUUGUGCCUCUAACGUAUGUAUUUAUAAAUGACAUUUCUUAUGAAGAGCUGUUUAAACUCUACAUGAUGAGAGGUUA